UGUGCUACUCUAAAAUGCGGAAGUUGGAACGUUGUUGAUAGUCUGAGUCUGGAACUAAACGGAAAGACUAUCGUCUCUAUGGCUGACUACAAGCUCUUUUGGAACAACGUUCGUGCUCAUACUGGCUACAGCCCUCAGUACGUUGAAAAGCACGGAGCUGAAUCGUUCUUGUACCCUGACGCUGCUCAGUCGGUAUCAUACAGUUCUGGAUCCGCAUCUACCAGUGGUGAUGGAUAUUCAAACACCAUGGCAUUCUCGUCUUCCUUUGCUGUCUCGGCUCCUCCUGGUGGUGCAACUAUUCCUAAUGAUGGUUUCGUUAAGCGCCUUCUAUCAAAUCCUGCUGCGGCUGGCGCUGACUUCUCCAGCUCGUGGCCGUCGGUAGGUGGUGCUGCUGCAUCGACUACCAUUUCUAACCAGACCUCGCGUGGAGCUUUCGUAGCUGGUGGUACUGCUGCUAACGCAAUCAUGGGAACGUGGAACUACAUGCUUAAGAUUAAGCUCACCGAUCUGCAUCCUAUCUUCCGUGAGCUUGACUUAAUGGCUAACCCUCAAAUUCGCCUGCGUUUCCGUGUGAAUCAGGGAACGUCUGUAGUCGCGGUAGAUGCUUCAAAGGGUAUGUCGCUAACCUCUACUACUCUAUCGUCUGGUAAUAGUUGUCCGGUCAUGAUUGCUGCUUCUGCUACCGGUAAUCCGAUGAAUGGUGUGCUUGCCGCAUCUGCUGGCUUUAGUGUUGCUUGGGGAGCGGUUGUAAAUGCUCUUGAACCUACCAUCGAUGGUACAUACAUGUCUUUUACUACUGUUCGUUUGUAUGUCCCUUUCGUUCAUCUUGAGAACCCUCAAGCUAUUAUCUCUAAGCCGGUUAAGAAGGUUCGCUACAAUGAUUGCUACGCGCAGUGGUUUUACCAGCGUGCUGGUAUUGGUAAGUCCUCGACUCAACUAAAUGCUUCUUUCGAUUUACAACUAUCGGCAAGUGUUAAAAACGCGAAAUAUGUUGUGCUUUUACCAUUCGCGGAACAGACAAACAACUUUGCUUCUGCUACUGUUCCGCCUGUGCUUUAA